AUGCCACAAUUGUCCAGAUGUCUCCUAUUGCUAAUUCUUGUUGGUUUUCUCACUGCUGCACAGUUUUCUCGAAGAAAUAGUGGUCUUGUAAGAUGUCACAAAGAAAUCGGAAGUUCUGUCAGUUCUUGCGAAGGCAAGUAUUGCUACAAAAUGCACACACCAGACGACUCAACUCGAGAUGGAAUUGUGAAAAAAGGAUGCAUGAAUGCUGCUGAUGCUCAGACAGAAGUCGGAAAAUGUACGAGACGGCCUUUGGAAGAGGGUGGAGCUGAAUUAAUGUGUGUAUGCAACGAAAGGGAUUUCUGUAAUUCGUCCACUAUUCCCUCAACAUUUCUCAUUGUUCUUAUUAGUAGCUGUUUCUUCCUUAUUUUCCUUCUCUAA